AAGUCGUCCGUUCGCUGUAUUGAACCCUCGUAAUAAGGAAACUGUUUAUGUAGAAAAGUACAUUUACUUAAACUUCGUAGGGAAGUGAACAGAGUUUGGCUCUGUGGUUGAACCCUCGCGAUCUUGUUUGUUUCCACCUUCAAAUGGGAGGGCGGUGAAUGUUGUCGAGGAAGAGACGAGUUUCAGACGUUAGUCUAGUUAUUGCGGAGUUAAAUAAUCAGUUGGCUAAUUGUGGAUCAGCUUUAGCGUGUAAAUAACUAUGCGAGGUUCCAGAUAACCAAUGUCGGAUUAGCAGAAGCUAGAAUGUUGGUAGCAUAAUAAGCUCUCUAAAUUGCUUAGCAUUCUGCUAAGAUACUUGUGUCUUCCUAGUUUCGAGAAGGCUGGAAAUGUUUACAUGGCGCACAGAAAAGAAGUGUUUAAAUCAAAAGUUCUCCAGAAGCUCUAUCCUGCAAUUACCACUGAGGGAAAGGAAGAAAACUUAUCAGCCAUUUCAGAAGAUCAGGCCACAACAACUCAUGUGAAAAGAACAUGCGGAGAAGAAAAUGCAGUUGGAGAUACAGAGAAGCCACAAAAUGCAGCCAGUCAAUGCCGCCGGAUGUACACAGUCCUACCUCCUCCUCAAGGCUAUAAUGUACAUGCAGAGAAAUCUGUCACACUCUUCCAGCUUGAAAGCGUAAACCGUGAAGAAGAUCCUGCUGAGGAAAGUGUGCAUAGGAACAAUGAAAAGGAAGAUGAAGAAAAGGAGAUGGAAGACCAGAAAAGGAAAAAAAGAAAAAGAAAAAAGAAGAAGCCAGGCCCUUCUCAAGACUCUUGGAAAGAUGGCCCUCCGGUGAGCGACGGGUCAGGUCAGAGUCAGGUGGCAGUGGACAGAGGAAGCGAGCACAUUAGCAGGAACAAGAAGAGAAAGCUGAAGAAGAAGAGGCACAAAGAGAAGUUGCUGUCCUUCGGACUGAUGACCCGUGCUGCUGCUCUGGAGUUCACUUACAGUAGAGAUGCAGAGGAGGAGGAAGAUAACCAGAGAAAAGCUGCUGAGGUGUCAGAGUUCCUGAAGACAACACUGGAAAUCUAUUUGUCAGACUCCUCUCCUCAUGGAGUCAAGUUUCCUCAUCUUUCUGCUACAGUGGAUGGCCUUCUAAUGUGUCUAGAAAGCGGAUCUAACCCAAACUCUGUUCUCAACAAGCUGUACAGUCUUAAAAAAUUAGUUCAACAGAAUCAAGCUGACAGUCUAGAAUUGGCACUCGCGGAGCUCAACAACGACGCCUAUAUGUCUGAAGAGGAAGCCAAUGCUGUUGUUUCCCUUUUCAAAUACUGGAUCACAGAGAUUCUUCCUAUGCAGAGAGACAAGGAGGCAAGACUUCUAACCACACAGCAAUAAUACCGUCUGCAACUAAACACCAGACACCGUACAGAGGGAUUAUUUGUGCUUUUUGGGAAAUAGUUUGGACUCUACUGAAAGUGAUUUAUUUUCACUUUUUUGUUUUAAGAAAAUGAAAAAAAAUAUAUUUUAAGGAUUGCUGUGUCAAGUUUUCUGUCCUUAUUUAUGUGAACAAGAACAUUUUUAAGUUUUUUUCUUUUUUGUAUGAGUUAUCUUGAAGUAAAGCACAU